UAUGUUCGCCCUGGGGCGAUGUCUUCUGCCGCUGCUCUGGCUGACCAGCGCCGCACAUGGCGCCCGGGUACUAGUCAUUUCCCCCUUCGAGUCCUAUUCGCAGUGCCUCCUGAUUACGCCCUACGUUCAGGCCCUUGUCGAUCGAGGUCAUGAGUUGACGGUGAUCCAUGCCUUCCAGCACUGUCAGCCCAUUGGCAAUGUCACGUAUAUACGCAUUUUUGAUAAUAUGAACGUUUGCUCAGAAUUCGCAGAAUUAACUAUAAUAACCAGAUCGAUAAGCAAGUGGGAAGAAUGUACUUCUCUGACGAGGCUCAUGAUUAACGCAGCGCUGAAUGUGCUGAAUAACAUGGAAGUUCGGAAGUUGAUCCAAUCGAAUACCACCUUCGACUUGCUAAUUGUGGAACCGACAUAUACCGAUGUGUUAUUUGGCUUGGCAACUCAGUUUAACGCCCAGCUGAUCGGGCUGUCCACCUGCGGAGCGGACUGGAAUCUAAACAGUCUAGUGGGACACGGGGCGUCCAUGGCCCUCGAGCCGCUGAUGCCCUUGGGAGAGACAUCCGCAACAAGCUUUUGGGAUCGCCUGUACAAUUGGUACUACACCACCGAGGAGUGGCUGCUGAUGGAACUGGUGUUUCUUCCGAAACUGAAAGUAGUCCACGACCACUUUUUCGGGCACUUGGGAAAAAGUUUCUCGGAGAUACGGCACAGCUUUUCGCUGAUUCUACUCAAUCAACACUUUAGCCUGUUUCGGGCCAGGUCGAGUGUUCCGGGCAUGGUAGAAGUGGCUGGUUUGCAUAUCCCCAAAGAGGUCCCAAAGUUACCCUUGGAUCUGCAGCAGUUUAUCAAUGGAGCCGAGCAUGGUGUGAUCUAUUUCGCCUUGGGUGUGGAGCUGCCGGCCACGGCUUUAACAGAGGAAAGGCGGAGAAUGCUGCUGGAGAGCUUGGAACUAAUGCCGCAGCGCGUGAUCUGGAAAUUUGAAGGUGAGCCACCGUGUGCGGUAGCUGAUAACAUCUACCUAGCGAAACUGUUGCCCCAGCAGGCCAUCCUGGCCCACCCGAACGUGAAGCUCUUCAUUAGUCACGGCGGAAUGCUGAGCAUCAUCGAGGCCGCUUACUAUGGAAAGCCGGUGCUGGGCAUGCCUCUGUUCUUCGAUCAAUUUCGAAACUUGGAUGUCUUGCUGGAGGAGGGCGCCGCUUUGCAGGUAAACAUCGACAGUGUGACUGGUAAGGAGCUCAAGGAGGCUGUAAAUCGUUUGAUUAGCGACCCAGGCUUUCAAGAAAAUUCGCUGGCCAUAUCCGAAAGAUUUCGGGAUCAACUCAAUCAUCCCCUGGAUGUGGCCGUUUACUGGACAGAGUACGUGCUGCGACACAGGGGAGCACAUCAUUUGAAGGUCUCUCCGUCCCACGUAAAGCUGGUCGAAUAUUAUUCUUUAGACAAGUUUCUGAUGGUAGGAAUACGAUUGACCCUGGUGGUGGCCAUAAUUUUUUUUAUACUUUUCAAGUGGAAGUGUCUCCUUAGCUAUUUAGUCAGACUGGCGGAGCGGUUUUGGCCAAUCUACAUGUUGAUAAGUUUCAUAGUUAAAAUAUAUAGGUACUUUAGUUUAUUAUUUGUGAAGUAACAAAAGGUUUAUAUAUAAUUGUAAUGAUUAUUUGCAAUGGUAUGUGGUAAGAAAGUAAAGCAUUUGAAUAUAUUUAAAAAUAUGUUGUAGUUUUGCUGUAGAAUAAACAUUACUGGUAUCCCAGCGCGGGCUUAUAUUAAGCUUAAA